UUAUAAUACCUACUAUAUAGAAACAAAUAUUUUUGUUUGAUUUAAAUAAUAAAUUUGUAUAACAUAAUAAUGUAAAUUCAGUAUCUAUACGAAUAAAUUAAAUAUAAAUAUAUUGAGAUUCUAAAACAUCUAUGUUACACAGUUCUCAGGUACAGUUAAGAAGAAACUACUGCGCCUUAAUCUAAACCUGAUUUGACGUCACUAAUUUAAAUAUUUAUGUCAAUAUGCCAAAAAACACCUGCCGAACGUGCACGAGAAUACAGAGCUCGGAAAAAAUUAUUGAAACAACAAAAACCGCCAGUACAAACAGCAUCAUAACGCAAACGAGAAUAUACUGCUCAACAGAAGGCUUUGAGAAAUGCUGUCGCCACUAUCGGAGAGAAUGAAACACUGACAAAUUUCUCUGGAUCACGUGAAUCCAGACAAUCCAAAACCCAGUUCCAGUAGAGACGAUGGUAACAUUUAGUAUAAUUAUUUAUCACAAGAAAGCUAGACAGGCUAGUCCGCUAGUUCCUGUUGAAAAUGCUCAGGAAAAAAUUGUCAUUCCAUUUGAUGUGCAUCAGGCUAAUUCACCUCAAUGCGCAGUGAAUCCGACCUCAACUACUACAACAAGGUCUAGGAAAUCAUGUACACAGUAGUGUCGUGAAUAUAGACAAUGCGAGAAGACGAUGGCAGAUGCCUAUGCUAUUGUCGUUCAAAGACCAGUUGUCUCUUCAGUUAUGAAUGUGAGUGAUAUACUAGUAAAAAUCUUCCAUGACACAAGUCUACGUGCUCACACUACUGACAUAUUGAAUCCCGUCAUACAAAAUUGAAAUGUGGUAGUUAUCAUGAGACUUGAUUGGGCGAAGACGAGCAAAUCAGUUUACCGAAAUUCAACUGCAUCAUCCAGUGUAAAAGAAUUCAUGUUUGGGCUGGAGAAGUCGCUACCUACAACAGCCAAAAUGAUACUGUGAAAUGUGAAUGUCCUCACACCACAAGAAGGAUUGCCCGCUAUACAGUCAACAUUAAGUGCAGCUGUGACAGAAGAUAUCGGUUUCAUUUGCAUUUCUGUGUGCUGUGCGAUAAAUGGACAAACAAUAGUUAUUGUGGGUGUCUACAUAAGUCCAAAUUCUCAUAUUAACGAUAUUAUCGCAUUUUUACAUGGUGCGUUAUUGAGAUACACCCUUGGAAGGUGAUAAACUUCUUCCUCAACACGACAAUUUAAAACAUUUCAUACCAACUGGAGAUUUCAAUGUAAAUUUUGCAUCAGACACUUCCAUAAGAUAAAUAGAAUUCCUACAACAGCUACUGAAUUUACAAAUGAGUAAUGACCAAUAUACUUCAGGAAUAACAAUAUAUUUUUUUUUUUUUUUUUUUAAUUUGGCUUUUAUUAGAAGAAUUACAAUCUAUACAAGGUACAAUAAGUAAAAGUAAUAACAAUUAACAGACAAAUAACAAGAAUAAUUACAUGAGGAGGGAGUCACACAUUUGUAACACCUCUAAAACAAUAUAUUAUGCGGUAUUUUCUCGUUAUCUCAACACAAUUGAGUCAUGAAUGUACUUAUCGUAUUUUAGUUACUAUAAACCAAUUAUAUCCCCUGUUGUAGCAUUUUGUUUAUAGCAUAUUAUUCUAUGGUAGUAGCUAUUGCACCAACAACACAGAAUAUACAGGCUAUCAAAGCACUUAGUAAUGUACGUUUUAUAGAAAUAAAUUAAAAAUAAUAUUCGUAAUAUCCAGUAUUGUAUGUCAUUCUAAAAACAUUUCAUUUCAAUCAUCACCAAAACAAUAAAAUAUAAUCUAGCAUAAGGAGUUUUACUUAAAAUACGCGCACUAAGUGCACACACUUUUUUUUUCGUUAUUGUGUCUUCACGGAUGACUGUGACACUCGAUAAUCUAUUAUAUUAUUAUAAAUAUAAUAAUAGUUAAUAUUUUUAAUAAUAUAAUAGAUUUGUGUAUUUUUUUUAUUUUAUUCCAAUACCAAAUCUAAUAUUCUAUUAGUUUAAUGACUGAAAGGAGUUUCACUCGGCACUCCAUCCGCACAUACUCGUUUCACUCAGUGUUUUUUUAUUUAUCAACAUUUUCGCUUCAACAAUAUGACAUCUGCAUAUUAUUAUCUACCUAUUUAAAAAUUUACAUUUUUUUCUAGGUUUAUUUAUUAUAUUUAUAUCUUAGUUUCUAAAUUUCUAAAUUAGUCUAUACAUUUAUUAUACAAAUAUUUGUAACAUAAAUUUGUGGUUCCGGAAUUUUACUUAGUUGAUCGGGUAUAAUAUUGUCCAUCAAUUCUCAACAAACAAAGAAAAAAAGAAUUUGUUUAUGGGUGGAGGGCAACAAUUUUUUAUUUUGAUAUAUUAUGUUGACGGACUUAAAAAAUUGUCAGUAUUUAGCCUAUGAAAAAAAACAUAAAAUACCUAUACACACAUAUUGGCCUACCAAGGAUUUUAGAUAAUUCGCUGAGAAAUUUCUAGAAAACCAGAUUUCACUCGCGAAGAAACUCGAAACUUCUAGAAACCAGUAGUCUGUUUGGAGGUAGUAACCAUACUCCAUAGAGAUUAGAUACAUUAAACGGUUGAUAACCUGACUGAUAACAAGCUGGUGUUAUUGCGACACAUUUGAGUUCGAAAUCGACACAGAGAGCUGCAACAACAAUACAACGCGGAUCUUGGUAAACAAUCAUCAGUUUUCGUUACUGUAUUUCGCAUUAUUUUUCUAUUCCUACCGGAACACGACUGUUAAAUUCCAUCCAUCGGCGUCUGACGGAGAUUUGAUGUUUCUAGUGCGGACCGCUACUGGACUUCGGACGACGGAACGUCUUGUUGUCGGCAGGACAUCAACGGGAACAGCUGCUAAUCGUUGUCGACGGUCGUGAAUACCGGACUUGUGUGGACGGAGACGACACGGCAAAGUCGAAGAAGACGACGGCGGUGGUUUCCGAUAAGGCGAUCUUCCCCUUCCGAGUGCCGCCGUCAGGACAGUUGCCGAUCGUAGAUCACUACUGUUUGUGCCGUCGCCACUGCCGCGAAUCACGUUUCGCCCCUUAUCCUCUACCGCCGCUGCAAGGUCCCGUAGGUCCGGCAACAGCCCCUGGCGACAUGUUCAAACGUGUGUUUCCGUCUUCCGACGCUAUGGCCACCAACCAGGCGGCGACCGGAUACAUCCCGACGCCACCUCCGCCUGCCGGAUACAUCCCGACGCCACCUCCGCCUGCCGGAUACAUCCCGACGCCACCGCCGUCGGCCGGAUACAUUCCGACGCCGCCAGCCGGAUCCAUCGCGACGCCGCCGGCCAACGUCCCGUUCGCACUGCAGCAGUUUGGCCAUCAACAGCCGCCCGGCUUCACAGCUUUCACGCCAGACUACCAACAUUUCCCGUACACUUUCUCGUCGAUCACGCCACCCGCGUACAGCUGGGCCAACACCAACAGCACGCACGUCAUGAAGUUCACAGGAUCAAGUAAUCCACUGCCUUUGGAUACGUCCACAUACCAUCCCAACAAUUUUGGGUCCGUACCGAAACGCAAAAUCGAUUUGGACGCCGAACUUACACAGCCACCCAAAAUGCGCAUCACCGAAGAAAAAGUAUCUGCAAGUUUACGAGACAUGCAUAUCAGCAGUGAAUUCAAGCCUCAUAAUUACUGCGUUAGCAGUGCUGUCAGUGAAAUGGAUACCGUGGAGAAUCCUAGUCUUAUGGAGACUGCCAACAUUCCUGAAACUGCCAAAACAGAUUCUCAGACUACAUUAGUCAUGUGUGAAGAAUUGCGUAAACUUCACAAAAUCGAUUCUAUCAUACCUCAACCACUUCUCACUAAAGUAGAAAGACCAACCAACGCAGUUGUUGUAUGGAACAAUAAGCCUUUAGUGGAAUUAGUCCGUUCAUUCUCUCAGUACCAGGAACCCAAAUCGACUGUCGUGAUAACCGAGAUCACUGAUGAAGAAGAAAACGAAAUUAACAGCAGAGAUGUAAUGUGUGUUGAAGAAAAUAAUUGUAUCGCUGUUGAAGAUGUUAACAUGGAGCUGUGAUGGGACCUUGAUCUGGGUUUGACUCACGGUAGGCGAGUUAACUUACUGUCAAAUAAAUAACAUUUGAAAAAAAAAAACAAACAAUUAAUAUAAAUUAAUAUAAGUUUUAAAUGUAUUAUUUUUUAAUUUUAAAUAGUUGUAAGAAGAAAACAUUUUUUUUUUUUUUUGUUAUUCUGUGUGAUAAUAUUAAAUACUGUAAACAAACAUAUUAUAAUGAAAGAUUAAUUACUCAUUUUAAUAUAUGUACAUUUAUAUACUUUUUUCAAUACAAGUUAUCCUAAACAAAAAUUAAUGCGUGAAAUGUUAAGCAGCAAAACGUGUUAGUUAACAUAAUAUAUGCAUGGCAAAGGUUAAA